UUCGCCCCCGCCCCUCCUCCAGCAUCCACCACCCGUGACUCGUCCGUCAAUCUACGUCAAAGUUGGAAAUUUUUGAUCAUUUUCGGUUUUGGGCUUGUCCCAAGUAGAAACGAUUCAAUGUCUAUCAUUUACGAUAGAUUAACUUGUGUAAUAUAGCAAUGGACACGUUGUUCCGGGUCUCACUCAGCUCAAGUUCCAGUUUCUGUUGCCUAGAGGCAGCAUGUCACAGAGGUUAAGAGGGUCAUGUGUAAAGUUAUCGAUGGAGCUUUCGAUUGUUUUGAGUGCAAUGCAGAACAGAUUUUGACAGCAAGCACCGCCGGCGCUAUCCGAGCCACCCCGUGAUAGCUGUAGAACCAGUGAGUGCCGGUGACUGUCGUCCGUGUUCGGCUCGAUCGGGGUGCAUCCAUCGGUCUCUUUUGCGGCUCACGGCUCUCCCCUCAGCUCGCCUAUCCCGUGAGUCCUCAUAAUUCCCCACCCUUUCCUCUUUCGUGCGACUGCGCGCCGGGCCACGGGUCCGAGGCUGCGGCCACGAGCCCGCGCCGCGGUGAGAAUAAAUCUCCACGAUUCGGUGCUUGGACGACUGUCGACAGAGGUGUCUUACAGGGUCAUGGAGCUGUACAAAGUGAGUGGCCCGACAACUGCCUUGUCAGCUGUUGCCAAUUCGGUGUAAGGUUGGUCUGCAAGUCGAGGUACCAUGCUAUGGUUCGCUUUGGUUUGGACUACAAUAGAAGCCGGAGUGGGGUAAAAUUGGGGGUAAAGAGGCUGCCACGCCCACAGUUGGCCCGGACGUGUUCGGGUCGUUCCACCGUCGUGUCGAUAAAACAACCAAGUAAAAAGCAUCUAAUUGCGCGGGGGAGGGGGCUGCUGGUGGCCCUUAGUGUCAUCGCAGUGGUCGUCGGCGCACAAGAAUACCAGCAUCGGGGUGUGGAGCGGUCCGAGGACUUGGACAGCAUUCUGAACAUCGAGGAUGACGACAAGAAGCAGUACCUCGAUCAGAAUUUUAAUGCCAGCACAUACGAUUUUGGUUACGAAAUCGGUCCUAGUGGCCAAUUUCAUCACGAGGACAAGGGUCCGGACGGCAUCGUGUACGGAUGCUACGGAUACGUGGACCCUUUCGGCAAGCUCUCCGUGACGCACUACCUGUCAGACGGCUGGGGCUACCGCACCGUCACACCAGGACAGGCAGUGGAGCUGUUCCUCCAUCCUCACGACCCUAGUCACCACCACGAGGAGCACGGAGACAAUGGCGACCACGACGAUCACCACAACCAUCAUGACCACCACGGCGUUAUUACCCCGUACGCUCAACUUCAUUUCCCUAAGGGAUGCGGAGUGAAAGGAAACGCGCCCCAGGCUCGGCCUCCUCAGAGCGGCGCUGCCAACUCAGAAGCCUUGGGCACAAUCGGCCAGAGGCCACAAGGAGGUUCGUCACCAGUUGACAACAACCAAAUAGGAGAGGGGCCAGGGAAUUAUGGGCCAAUUCCAGUAUCUCAAAGACCAUCCCGCCCAGCUGGUGCUACUCAAGCUCCGACAGGAUCAGGCUCAUACGGACAAACUGGACAGUCAGGACCCCAAGUCGGUUCAUCGGGACCGGACGGACCCUUUGGAUCAAACGGACCCACAGGACCCAACGGACCCACAGGACCCAACGGCCCGAACGCACCCAAUGGACCUAGCGGGCCGAAUGGACCAAAUGGGCCAUUUGGUCCAAGUGGUCCCAACGGACCCUCUGGUCCAAUUGGAUCCAACGGUCCCUUUGGGCCAAAUGGUCCGAACGGUCCCUUUGGGUCAAAUGGACCAAACGGGCCAUCAGGGCCAAAUGGACCGAAUGGGCCAUCAGGGCCAAAUGGACCGAACGGGCCAUCUGGACCAAUCGGACCGUUUGGGCCAAGUCAAGCAACACAAGGCUCUCAGCGCCCUCCGGCUGGAUCCAACUCGCAAGGGCCCGACGCGUACCCCGGGCCUGAAGGACCAGAUGACGAUAAUCAGACACCUGUUGCCCCAGACGGCGACUACGGUCAGCGACCAAGUCCGAGACCCCCUCGCCCAGGGUCCGCUUCCCAACAGGGCUAUCCAUCCACGCCUCAGAGGCCAGGACCUUACAACCCAAGUGGAGAGUCAUCGCAGUCGUGUGGGCCAGGCACCGGUUUUCCGUGCAGUUCUACAGGGUUGCCCGGGCAGUCGCCUUUUGGCCCUGCUCAGCCCAUGAGGCCAUCAACAGGGUACCCGUCUCAGCCACCAGCAUACCCCAGCAGCCCAGCGUACCCUUCUACCCCAGCUCGACCCACGUACCAGCAAUCAUGCGGGCGGCCAGGAUCUCCGGGUUGCGAAGCCUCAACACCAAGCCAGUCCACACCUUCUGGGUACCCGUCAAGACCAACAAAUCCUGCCUCGCCGUUUGGAUUUUCAACUACGCCCAGGCCAUCACCCCCCGAUUCAAGCAACCCUUCUGAAUCUUCGUCUGCGCCGGCAUACCCUACUCGGCCGCCAAACCCCUUCUCCCCAUCUGCGCCAUCUGGCCCUGGUGGGUAUCCGACCAGGCCCUCUUCGUCUCCAUCACGACCUACAACAUCGCCUUUUGGAUCAACUCAGCCCAAUGGUUAUCCGAGCAGUCCUCCGCCGUUUGCAUCGUCUUCCUCGCCAUCGCGUCCUUCAAAUGGUUAUCCCAGCGGUCCGUCGUCGCCAUCACAGCCACCGCGUCCAUCGAAUGGUUAUCCCAGUGGGCCGUCGCAACCAUCGCAGCCAUCGCGUCCACCAAGCGGGUACCCGAAUGGGCCAUCGCAGACAUCGCGUCCACAAAGUGGAUAUCCCAAUGGACCAUCACAGCCAUCAAGUAAUUAUCCCAGUGGGCCGUCACAGCCACCGCAAGCAUCGCGUCCACAAAGUGGUUAUCCCAGUCGGCCCUCGCAGACCUCUCGUCCAUCAAGUGGAUACCCCAGUGCGCCAGUAUCGCAACCCCCACAGCCAUCGAGUCCAACAAGUGGUUAUCCAAGUGGGCCGUCGCAGCCAUCAAGUGGUUAUCCCAGCGGGCCGGCCCCACCGUCGCGUCCGUCAAGUGGUUACCCCAACGGACCGUCACCGCCAUCGCAGCCAUCGCGUCCAUCAAGUAGCUAUCCUAGUAGCCCUUCGCCGUUUGAAUCAACUUCCUCGCAGCCAUCCCAGCCGUCGAGUGGCUACCCUAGUGGACCAUCAGCACCCGCACAGCCAUCGCGUCCGCCUACUAGUUAUCCAAGCGCGCCGUCUUCACCUUCUCAGCCAUCAGUGCCAUUUAAUGGUUAUCCCAACGGUCCGCCAUCGCCUUCGCAACCAUCACGCCCACAACCUGCUAGGCCAUUAGGCCCAACACCGUCACCGUUUGGACCUACACGUCCGUCGAGCGUAACUCCGGCUCAACCAUCACGACCGUCUGGUGGAUACCCGAGCGGUCCAUCGUCACCCUCGCCAUUUGAAACGAACUCACCAGAAGAGCCGUCCGGUCCGUCGGGGCCUUCGUCACCUUACCCCAGCGGCCCGUCAUCGCAGUUCCCGUACUCACCCUCACCGUUUACCCCAGCCUCACAAACUAAGCCUUCCUCCUCCCGUCCGUCUUACCCGAGUGGACCGUCAAAUUAUCCGUCCACGCCUUCUGGAUUCCCUUCGUCUACACAGGCCCCUCCGCUACCUCAGAGUACCCAGAGGCCUUCAUUCCCGUCUCGACCAUCUACUGAAUAUCCGAGCGGGCCUAGCUCCAGCGCAUAUCCCACUGGGCCGGCGCAGCCCUCUGGUUACCCGGUACAACCUUUAGUGCCUUCCCGCCCAUCUGUUUACCCCACAGAGGGUCCUGCAGGAGCAAACACGCCGCCUUCUUAUCCCUCGGGCCCUUCUUCUCCGUCCUCGUCUUCUCCAUUCGGUCCUAGUUCUCCAGCAUCUUCCCAACCACCAGCAAGGCCAUCUGGUUAUCCCAGUGGCACGCAGGCCCCGCGGCCAGGGCAACAACCUUCUCGCCCUGCCUCAGGCUACCCCGGCUCUUCUCCUUCCACCCCUUCACCGUUCUUACCGCCGUCGCCUUCCGCAGUGUACCCAAUCAGACCUUCAGGAGCCCAACCAAGCAGCCCGUCAUGUGGUCAAACGCCUUUCGGAUCGCUGUGCCCAUCCGAACAAACACGGCCUCCUAGCAGCGAGUCAACUCCGUCCCGACCCUUCCCACAACGCCCGUCCAGCCCUGCUCCGUAUCCGUCGUCGCCCUUACCCUCGCCAGGUCAGGGCUGCAGCUCUUCGGGUAGUUACAAUUGCAGACCGACCUCAGGCACGCCCAGUGCACCUGGAAGACCCUCAUUUGGCCAACCAUCUCGCCCUGCAGUUCCUUCUGGCUAUCCCAGUGCACCUGGAAACUCGGCCUGUGGCACAGCGGCUAACCCCUGUGUAUCGGCACCAGCAGGUAAUCCUUUCACGUCCCCACCGCGCCCUGCAGGAUACCCCACACAGCCAUCAACAUCAGUGCCCCUAGGACCUUCAACUUCAUACCAGCCAACCCCUUCUGCUGGAUACCCGACCAGACCGACCUUCCAGCCGUCUUACACGAACAGACCCGGCUCCGGAUACCCAUCUGAAACACCAACCCGCCCACAACCCGCCCGGCCAACAGCUGGACCUCAGUAUCCUAUCCAGCCUCAAGAAGAGAAUCCCGGUCAGCCCUCUGAACCGAGCUCACCCGGCCAGUCACCUUUCCAGCCAGGGUCGUCUGGAUACCCUACCUUGCCGCCUUUUCCAUCUCCAUCCAGGCCUGCAAGUGGAUACCCAUCGAGCCCGUCUUCUACCCAGUAUCCAUCGGCGUUCACUAAACCGGUGAGGCCUGCAACUGGAUAUCCCAGCACUCCAUCCAGCGGGUACCCGUCUGGACCGGCCCAGCCAGCGUAUCCCUCAUCUACGUCCCAGCCCGAGGAACAACAACCACAACAGCCUGACGCCGGACUUGAGUCGCCUGCGUCACCACCAAGGCCUUUUUACCCAUCCUCGACGCCUGCCUACUCAAAACCGACUAGCACAGGUUCAAGCUGCAGCGAUUCGUCCGGUUUCGGGCCUGCGGCUGGAGAAGGGUGCAGUCCGUCUGGCCAGCCCUACGAAACGUCUAAGCCGGUUGGUUUCACCCGUCCGCCCGGCUCCACGUACCCUGACUACUCGCAGUCGGGCUACCCUGACGGACGGCCACCAGCAGGAUCAGCGAGUUUCGCUGAAGAUCCCCGUCCGGGCCGCCCCUCGUCCGCUGCUCCGUUCAGACCAACCCCUGCACCCAUUCAACAGUCUUACCGACCGACCACCCCGUCCCCUCUUCCACCGCAGCAGACGAGACCAACUUCCACACCACCGUUUUCGGGCUACCCGUCCAGCACUACGCCUAGUUCGAAACCAGUGGAACCUAGUUAUCAGCAGCCUUUGAGCCCUGCUAGUGGUUUUCCGUCUUAUCAGACAAGUGGCUCGACUCAGGCCCCUUUACAGCCUGAAAUAGUUCCCACAAGCCAGUUUUCGUCUCCCCUAAAACCAUCUCCCGGUGGGGAAGAUCAAUCUAACUACCCCGAGACAGGCACCGGUUCUAACGCAGAGUAUGGGCCAGAGGAACCCUCAGGGUCUGCUUACCCGGCGAAGCCAUUUGCUGGCCAACCAAUAAGCCAAGUGACAUACAAGCCUAGCUUCCCUCUGACACCCUCAUCGGUAGGUCCUAGCCUACCAGACAGUCCCGACGAAAACGCCAUUACAGAGCACCCAGAUGAACUCCUUCAAGGAAGUCACUCCCCUGACAAAAAACCAUAUCCCGUUUAUGUCAUUCCAUUCCCUGUAAAUAUAGUGCCGAGUCCAUCUUCUUGCCCUUGCUAUUUAGUUACACCAGGCAAUCAGAGCUCCAAUAGUUCUCCACCUCAGGCCGUUUCACAGAUCCCACCUGUUCCGGCGUACAGUGGCCAAGGCCAACCGUACGGUAUUAUUGGUUACAUCCCUGUAGUUUUCUAUCCAUACUGCCCUGGAAACGAGACGAACCACGAGGCCAUUCAGCCUAUGUUCCCAUCCGCUGUGUCAGUACCUUAUCCAUGCAAUCAGUGCCAAAACCCUUCGCCAGCCCCGCCGACCGAAUCACGGCAACAGCUUGCAUACGGCCAAAGGAUGAGUUACCAGCCGAGAGGACAAGCUAGAUCCCGCCGCUACCAGCAGCAAAACCAACAAAACUCAUUUCAACAAGUAAUGAAUCAGGCUAAUAUUGAUAUGACAGGUAUUGCCCGCGCGCCUCACCGGAGAAAGGUAGCUUAUGGGCGGAGAAUCCGAUCAAAGAAGGUUAAUAGGGAUUCGGCGUAAUAGAAAUAACACGCAGUUAAUUUAGUGUACUUGAAAGUGAUUCAAAUGUGCCACAACAAAGUAGAAUAGAUAUUGUAAAAUUGCUACCUCCUUCCUUGUAAACAAAAUGUAUCCGAAGAAAGUAGAGGUCGCCUCGUAACCUUCUGAUUUAAGUUUGUUAUCGUGUUUCUCAUAGCUUUAAGUCGUCGCUCAUUCAGUCUACAGAUAUUCAACAUGUACUGCGACUGACGAUUUAGUCUGUUUAGCAGCAGUGUGAAAGAAUGUCAAUGAUAUUAGCCUGGUAGUAAUUGUGAUGGCUUUCUGCGUAAAGUGUUAACGGUAUCUUAUCAUGAUUAGGUCUGGACACGGCAUUCAGAACGAAUUUUAUGAGAUGGCUAUGCCGUUCUAUACAUUAUUAUAAUUUUGUAGAUCGACACUUUUAACGCAACCAGGAAAACAUGUGUCGGUUCAUAGAUUUACUGCUAUAUCCGAUGAUUAAUUAUUUCGGUUGAAACUCUUAGGAUGCUCUUUUUUUUUUUUCAAAAAAAAACAAACAAGUGGUACCCCGCGUCAAAACCUACGUUUUUUUUUACUUUUACGCCAUGUAGCUUUUCACGGUAAAAACAACGUCCAGGUUUUCAAGAAGGUUUGGAAAAACACAACGUUGUCAUGUAUUUUAUUUUAAUCAUUGGGGUCGGUUGGCUGCUUGGAAACCUGGACGUCGGUUUUGCCGUGCUCAUAUAGAGUUUUAUAUUAUUUAUAAGAUUUAAAGAGGUGUACGGAUGAAGGGGAUAAAGAACUUUUUGCUGUUCAAACGGUCUUUUGUGCUUAAACAUGUUCGUCUUAGAACACAUUAAGUGACUUUGGCAUGUAGAAGGCCGUUAUGCCUUCUAGACGUCGAAUGAACUUGUGUUCUAAUUGGAAUGUGUUCCACCGUGAAUGGAAUCAAGUUCAUUUCGAACGCCCGUCCUUCAGUUGUAUGGCUUGUAUUCUGGAACACGAUAUUUCACGAUGGUGGAUGUUUAUCGAUAUUUCACCGUCAAACGUUUAAAAUUGUUAAGCCAUGUUAACUUUUGGAUGGACGGACUACUUGCCUUAAAAUAUUUAUUUAGCCAAACAUUUAUAGUGAAUUCAAUUGACUACGUCAGGAUGGUAUUUGUAUCCUACUCAUGUCGAUGGCAUAUGUAUUGAUGUUGAAUAAGAAACAAAAAUAUUCCUUUUAUGAAAUUGAUGAAAUCAAUAAAUUAUUGAGACUGUUCCGCGAAUCAAAUAUAUUCUUGUCCUGUGC